AUGUUGAGUCGUUGGAAAAGUAAAGACAAGUCAGAGAAGUCCGGCAAAACAUCUAGUGGCAAGAAGAAACGAAAAGGACGUGAUAAUGAAGAAGACUGGCAAGCAGAUGGCAGAAUUGAUGGAGGGUUAUCUGAUGGAGAAGCAACCCGUUCAGCCCCGCGAAGCCGGUCUUCUCGUCGCGAUGAUCCGAGACGUCAUACACUCGCUGGAAAUCAUUUAUACUUCCAUUCUCAUCAUCCCGGAGAUCUUAAUAAUUCUGAGCUUGAACCACCAUUACCAAGGGGUUAUCUUCCGCAAAUGUUGUAUUACGACGACGAUCCCGGUGUUAUGUCAGAGGUUGAGACUUCCUCUACUGGGUUUAGACGCGGAGGAAAGCAAAGAUCAUCAUUACCAGUGGUUCGCACACCUAGUAAGACACUCGAAAGACCCUUAGGUCUUGUGUUUCUACAAUACCGCAACGAGACUAAAAGGGCUCUUCUACCGAAUGAAAUCACAUCGCUCGACACCGUAAAAGCUUUAUUUGUACGAAGUUUUCCGAAGCAGCUCACAAUGGAUUACUUAGAUAGUCCAUUAGUCAAGGUUUAUAUACAUGACAGCUCAAAGGACAUGUUCUAUGAACUAGAAGACCAUAGGGCCCAUCUUCGGGACAUCAGGGACCGAUCCGUUCUUCGGUUGUUUGAGUCUAAAGAUUUAAACGGUGGCGUCUUUCCUGGAACUCUGGGUGUUGGUUCAGUCAGGCUUCCAGCGCUAGCCGCCACCAAUUCAUCAAACGCUAAUUUGGAGGAUUCAAGUACAUACUUCAGCGAGCCGGAAAUCGAUUCCGACCACAUUCACAACAUCCACAAAGCAAAGGUAAGCCACGGAUAA